AUGCGGGGUAGAGGUAGGAUAGGCACUGUUACUCCUGGCCUGGCAGGGAAUGAUCCAGUAGACUUCAUGGCUGCCCUGGGAAAUAUGGCUGCGGCUAUGCAGGCGACAGCCGAGGCACUGGGUAAUCAGAUAAACCAGGGUAAUCACGGAAACAAUAAUGAUGAGGACGGUCCCAUGACCCUUGCUACAUUUCUGAAAGUUCACCCUCCGACCUUUAGGGGAACCUCAAAUCCCACAGAUGCAGAUAAUUGGAUUCAAGCUAUGGAACGGGCACUGCAGGCUCAGCAGGUUCCUGAGGAGCAAUGGGUUGAGUUUGGAACUUAUCAGUUGCAGGGUGAGGCUCAGUAUUGGUGGCAGGGGACACGACGUAUCCUGCAGCCAGAUGGCGCUGUGAUUCCUUGGGAGGUUUUCCGAACAGAGUUCUAUAAGAAAUACUUUCCUAAUUCAGCCAGAAAUGCCAAAGAACUUGAAUUGAUGCAGUUAAAGCAGGGACAGAUGACUGUUGCUGAGUAUACUAGCAGGUUUGAGGAGUUAUGUCGCUUUUCUCGUAUUUGUCAAGGUGCGCCUGAUGAUUUUGCUGAGUGGAAAUGUAUUAAGUAUGAGGGAGGUCUUCGAAGUGAUAUUCUGAGCUUCGUUGCACCAAUGGAGAUCAGAGUGUUUUCAGAACUGUUAAACAAAAGUAGAGUUGCUGAGGAUUGUCUGAGAAAGGCGACAUCAGAUAAGAGUGAUCAAUGA